CACCGGCUAGGAUCAAAUGCGUCUGAAGAGAGCGACCAUUCAUAGAGCCAGGUGCGUCGACAAGCACAUUCGGGUAAGAUAGGUAGCCGUGCCAAGUAGAGUUUACUUCCAAAUCCGUCAACCAAGCAAUACAAAUGCCACGCCCACGGUAGAAACGCAACUCCUCAGAUAGUCACAAACCCUUGGUAUCCGACAAUCAGUGACAAAGAAAGCCCUCGAGAUGGCCCUGAAUUCUUUCACAUCAUUUCCACUAUUCGUCCGGCUGCCCGUGGAGAUCCGACUGGCGAUAUGGGAACUGACAUUCCACCACUUACCUCCAAUGGUAGGUCACCUAGACACGGAGACGUAUUGCACUCUCUCCGCUUCACAAACUGCCCCAUCAUCCGCUCUUGCUAGUCGCGAGAGCUAUGAGGAAUGGUUGCGGAGAACAACUCUUCACGAGACGCUGGGUGAGCUGAAGACGCAGCGUUUGUUCUCCCCUCGGCUCGUCAUCUUGACACGACCGGAAGUUAUGCUCGCGCAUGAUGGGAUCCAUCGGUGGGCUGCUAUUACCCACAUCGCAUUCGAGAUUGCUGGUGUAGACGAUGUCUUCGAACUCUUCGAGUCGCUUGUUCGAUUUGCAUCCCUACAAACUAUCAUUGUAAUCAUUCCCUCGGGUAUAAUGACAGAUCCGGAAAUCCUAGAAUGGCAAGCUAGCAUUAUUGAAGAUCAAAGUCUCCUGCGUAGACUGUCCGCGCUAGUAGAUCACGAAUCGCCAGAUGGGGAGUGGGGCGAAGACGAUAUGAUUGGGUGGAUUCUGCGUUAUCGCCUUGGCGGCGAGGCGGCAAGAGAAUUCUACAGUCGCAGGGACGGGCCCAAGGUCAAGGUACUUAUCAGGCCGCCGCAGCUGAGGGGCACAGUGAGUGGCGACAUCCAUACGCCGUGGACUUUUACAUUAUUCGAGUAAGGGCUGCAGUAGGGAGGAAUGCGACCGUGCGACACUACUUUAUCGUAGGGUGACUUGUAUAGUGAGAAAACAGGGUGGUUUGGCGCCGCCUCCGAAGCUUCAGUCAGCCAGUGUAGCGAUAAUACCACGCGCGAAACUGGUUAACUAUCUUGAUAAUUGAAGACUCUUCUCCCCCACGAAAAUUAUCCUCCGGCGAAUGGUCGUACUACGCAAAACGUUUAUAUGGU